AUGGAUCCAUUUUUCUUAGCUGUCAGCAAUUUUAGGAGACGGAAGUUUGUACAUUGUGUGGACAUUUGCACUGAUAUUUUGAAGAAAAACCCAUAUGAUCAAGCAACAUGGGCACUGAAAAUGCAGGGACUUACAGAACAAGUAUAUGUAGAUGAGAUUGACAUGGAGGAUGAAAGUAUGGCUGACAUUUUGAUGGAUGACAAUGCUAUUGCUAAUGUUUCCAGACCAGGUACUUCUCUGAAAAGGCCAAAUUCUCAAAUGGGAACCUCUCAAGGUGUCAGACCAAUGACAAAUUCUGGUCGUCCAGUUACUGGGUUUGUGAGGCCAGGAACACAGAGUGGCAAAUCAAAUAGUUUGGAUCAGGCAUUGAAAACCCCAAGAACUGCCCGAACAGCCAGACCCGUCAGUAGUGCUACGAGUAGAUUCGUCAGAUUAGGAACUGCCUCCAUGUUAACCUCGGCAGAUGGUCCCUUUAUAAACCUCAGUCGUCUCGAUUUUCAGAAAUAUGCGUCUAAGUUGAAUGUAUCAAAAUCAUUGUUUGAGUACAUAUUUCAUCACGAGAAUGAUGUUAAGAAUGCAUUAGAGUUAGCCAGCCUUGCGACGAAAGCUAGUUCAUUCAAGGAUUGGUGGUGGAAGGUACAAAUUGGAAAGUGUUAUCACAGAUUGGGACUGUAUCGUGAUGCAGAGAGGCAGUUUCAAUCAGCCCUGACCAGUCAGCCAAUCAUAGACACGUAUUUGUAUCUAGCCAAGGUCUACAUUAAAAUUGACCAACCGCUGUCAGCUCUGCAGACCCUUAAGUUAGGUCUUGAGGUUUACUCCAAUGAUCUGAGUUUGCUCAUUGGCCAAGCCAGAAUUUUUGAGGGGCUGAAUGAAAAUGAGAAAUCCCUGGCGUGUUACAAAGCCGUUUUAAAUGAGGACAACAUGUGUGUGGAAGCGAUCGCUUGCAUUGGCACCAACCAUUUUUACUCGGAUCAACCGGAAAUCGCUCUCAAGUUUUUUAGGCGUCUAUUGCAGAUGGGUGUAUGUAACGCGGAGAUAUACAACAACAUCGGUCUUUGUUGUUUCCACGCCCAACAAUAUGACAUCACGGUCACGUGUUUUCAGAGAGCCCUGUUGCUAAGCGACAGCCAAUCAUCUGGCGAUGUUUGGUACAACAUUGGUCACGUGGCACUUAGCAUCGGAGACUUGAACCUGGCUUCUCGUUGUUUCCAUCUCUCAUUGGCCGAGAACAAUGACCAUGCAGAGAGCUACAACAACCUUGGGGUCAUUGAGUUUAUGAAAGGUCACACAGAACUGUCGAAAGCAUUCUUGCAAGCCAGUUUCAACUUGAGUUCUGCACAUUUCGAGCCUUAUUACAACUACGCUCUUCUUGCCAAUAAACUUGGAGAUCUGCAGACGAGUUACAAUUCAAUAAGGAAGUCCCUUCAGAUCAGCAGUUGCCAUAAUGAAUCGAUCUCACUCCACAAAUCACUACAACAUCAUUUCAUCAUGAUUUGA